AGUAUGUAAUAUAAGGAAGAGCGAAUCAUUCAGUACAUACUCGGCUGCGGUUACGUUUACAAUGAUUCGACUACUAACUCUUUCUGUGCUGCUCUUUGCAGGUGCCACCUUGGCUUCCCAAAGGAUAUCUGGCGGGAGUCCGACUGACGUGGAGAAUGUGCCCUGGAUCGCGCAGGUCGACUUCCACCUGCAUUACACCGGCAGUUGGUACCAGCUCUGCGCUGCCAGCAUUCUCAACUCAAGAUUCGUGCUCUCUUCUGCCCAAUGCUUCUCAGGAUAUUUCUACGCCCCAGAAUACCGGCGUAUCAGAGCUGGCGCCACCUACCGUAACGCGGGCGGAGUUCUCGUGAACGUGGAGCGAGCGUACACCCAUCCCAGCUUCGACCUGUACCAGGCUGGGGAGGCCAGGACGCCUGACGGAGACAUCGCUGUGGUGAAGCUCAGUGAUGUGCUUUACCUGAGUCCGACCAUCCAGCAGUCGCUCAUCAUCUACCAGGACGCGGUUUUCCCAGAGAACGUUCCUGUGGUGCAAGCUGGAUGGGGAAGGAUGUCGGAGUCUGGCUACGACCCUUCACCAGUGCUAUUGGAGACCCAAGUGUACACCAUCAACCGCGAGUACUGCCAAGCGCGGUACAGCGAACUCUUCGAGGAAGACGUUCCCUUCAUCACGGACAAUAUGAUAUGCGCCGGAGCACCCGGCGGCGGCCGCGGCGCCUGCGCACAGGACGAAGGCGGCCCUCUGUAUUACGACAAUGUCUUGAUCGGAAUCAUUUCUUUCAACAACGAGUGCGGGAACAGUACUUACCCUGAUGUACACACUCGCGUCGCUUCGUAUACUAACUGGAUCAUAGAAACUGCUGUUUUGUAAAUGUUAAUAAAACGU